AUGGACGCUAGCAGUGGUCGCCCUAGUGGAGCCGCUCUAAAAACCACCCGGCUACUCCCGAUACGCACGCCAAGAUCAGCAGUGGCCGAAUGGACGACGACGCACUAUUCCGCGGAGGAGGAGCUCUUGAACCCCACUGCAAGGCUCAUGGAAGCUAUAUACAUCGUCGUUACAGUCGGACUUGGCACGCCGGUAAACCUACCCGUCUUCAGCGCCGGCAUCGCCGCCCAGCUUGCCCGUUACCCGCACUUCCACAGCAUCCAAGUGACAGACGGAUCAAAAGAGCCACGGUGGGUGCGCACGGCGGUGAACGUGGACAAUCACAUCAUCGUCCCGACGCUGGAUCCUGUCGCCGUGGUGGCCAACCCGGACCGGGCCCUGGAGGACUACGUGGCCUCGCUGCCCGCGCUCCCCAUGGACUGCUCCCGCCCGCUCUGGGAGUUCCACUUCCUCGACUUCCCGACCUCAGAGGCCACCUCCACCGCGGUGAUCCGCGUGCACCACUCUCUCGGUGACGGGAUGUCGCUUAUCACGAUGCUCCUGGCGUCCGCGCGUAGUGCUGCCGACCCGACACGCCUGCCGGCCAUGCCGAAGCCGCCGGCGCGCACGGGCGCCAUCUACGAGCCGCGGCGCCGGCAGCAGUCGUCCGGGAGCGCCCUGGCGGCUUUCGUCACAUGGAUUUGGCCGUAUCUUGUGCUCGCAUGGAACACCAUAGUGGACGUUGCCCUCUUUGCUGCGACGAUUGUGUUCCUCAGAGACCCGCCCACGCUCUUCAGACGUGCGGGUGACCACGUCAUGUCCAAUCCCCACAGGCGCUUUGUACACCGGAGCCUUAGCUUGGGCGAUGUCAAGUUGAUCAAGAAUGCCAUGAACUGCACUAUCAAUGAUGUGCUUGUCGGAGCGACUUCUGCAGCUCUGUCACGAUAUUACUUUCGCAAUUCUGGUUCCUCUAAGACCAACAAACUAUGUUUGCGGUCUGUUCUCCCUGUCAAUACAAGGCCAACCACUAGCCUACAAACGUAUGUUCAUAUGAUAGAAUCAGGUAAGAGUGACGAUGUGGCAUGGGGAAAUCAACUAGGCUACAUCCUCCUUCCAUUUCAUUUAACGAUGCACGAUGAUCCGCUUGCAUAUGUUCGCAAGGGGAAGAAGACAAUUGAUAGGAAAAAGAGGUCACUUGAAGUUAUCUUCACGCAUAAGAUGAAUGAAUUGUUUGUCAAAAUGUUUGGCAUGAAGGCGGGCACUUCUAUCUUCCAACGUAUGUUCGCCAAUACAACUAUUUUAUUCUCAAAUAUGGUUGGACCAACUGAACAAAUCGAGUUAUGUGGCCACCCAAUUGUCUUCAUUGCACCUAGUGUCUAUGGAGGCCCACAAGCUUUGGUGGUGCACUACCAGAGUUACAUUAGCACUAUUAAGGUAAUUUUGGCAGUCGACGAUGACGUAAUUCCAGAUUAUACUCAACUCUUGGAUGAUUUCACUGAAUCCUUCGGGCACAUUAAGGAUGCAGCGUCGAAGCUUUCCACAUCCAUCAUCAACAGAGAGUAA